UACUAUAGUUUCGACAAAUGUAUCAUCAUGUCGUUGAAUUUGUUGUAUUUCAUUCUCGUUUGCUUUUCUGUGGCACGAGCAGAUCUAAAUCAGGAAAGUUUGGCUGCGGAAAAAGAGGCGAGCCUUUACCCAUGUUUUCGAGAUUUAAGAUGUUUUUUAGGAGAGGAAGAAAAAGCAAAGAUGAUAGAAUGCCAAAACAUUCAUUCAACGGAGACAGUUAUGAAGAUCUUACAAUAUUUAAGUGAAGCAUCCAAGGGAAAAACAAAUACAAAAGAACCUGAAUUAGCAGCAGAAGAUUUUUGUGCUUUAGAGGAAAAUUCUAAGAAAGAAACGUUUACUCUAGUGUUUCAGAAAAUCAUGGAUGAAGUCAGUGUGAAGUGUUCAGAAGAUGGCUCAAAUCAAGACGCUGAAUGUGAAACCUAUAAGCUAUAUUCGGAUUGUUUUCUUGCACUUCUUGAUGAAUACACCAGCAAAGAGGAAUGUGGACAAAGUGUCGAAUUGAAGAAAGGAUUAGGAGAUACAGAGAAACGACUUGGAUAGCAUUGAAAAUUUAAGUCAAAAUUACAUUUGAAGAUUUUAUCGGAAGCAUCAAUUUCUGAGGAAAGUUUUCAAAAUAUUAAAAAUGCAUGAAAUGUAUUCAAAAUACAUAAAGUUUUC